AUGGUUGAAGACAAAAAGACCGAUGAUUACACGAUUGAGAUGGACAAGAUAGACCAGGGGAAUAAGAAUUUCGAGGCGGCCGCGCCGCCUCCCCAGCCGCGAAGCCCUCCGUCCAACCAGCUCUCCAACAGUCCCGCCCUGCCUGUUCUGGCUUAUUGCGGAUCUUCCAUUUUGAUGACGGUUAUGAACAAAUAUGUUCUCUCUGGAUUAGACUUUAACCUCAACUUUUUCCUACUUCUUGUCCAGUCUCUCGUGUGUAUCCUUGCCAUUCAAACGUGCAAAUCUUGCGGUCUCAUCACCUACCGUGAUUUCAGCGCCGAUGAGGCACGGAAAUGGUUCCCGAUCUCUUUGCUUCUGAUUGGCAUGAUCUACACGGGCUCCAAGGCUCUCCAGUUCCUGUCGAUCCCCGUCUACACCAUCUUCAAGAACCUGACUAUCAUUCUCAUUGCGUACGGUGAGGUGCUCUGGUUCGGCGGUUCGGUCACCGGUCUCACCCUGUUCUCUUUCGGAUUGAUGGUUGUGAGCUCUAUCAUUGCCGCCUGGGCCGACAUUAAACAUGCCGUUGAGAACAACACCGAUGCGACCGCCCGGGUUUCCACCCUGAAUGCCGGCUACAUUUGGAUGUUGAUCAACUGUCUCUGCACCUCGUCCUACGUGCUGGGAAUGCGCAAGAGAAUCAAGUUGACCAACUUCAAGGACUUUGACACUAUGUUCUACAACAACCUGCUGUCCAUCCCCAUCCUGAUCGUGUCCACGGCCUUUUUGGAAGACUGGUCGUCUGCCAACAUCAACCGCAACUUCCCCGCCAUUGACCGGAACUACAUUGUGUUCGCCAUGAUCUUGUCGGGACUGUCGUCGGUGUUCAUCUCGUAUACCUCCGCCUGGUGUGUUCGUGUGACGUCCUCAACCACCUACUCCAUGGUGGGAGCUCUCAACAAACUCCCCAUUGCCGUCUCUGGUUUGAUCUUCUUCGAUGCCCCUGUGACCUUCCCCAGUGUGUCUGCCAUUGUUGUCGGCUUCGUGAGUGGCAUCGUCUACGCCGUGGCCAAGAUCAAGCAGAACGCCAAGCCUAAAACCGGCGUGCUGCCCAUGUCCAACCCUCCCGUCAGUGCCAGCAGCCAGAGCAUGAGGGACUCCCUUCGAUCUUAG